ACAACAUAUGGACACCAAAGCAAGGUUUGACCCGGUUAGUUUAUAUUUUGUUUGAAGGGAUCCAUUAAACAUAUAGACAUGGUCGAACUAUUAUAAAAUUGGCGGCGGAUUUUAUAACUAAGCCGGCAAGGUUGGUUUUCCCUCCAAAUGGCAGCAACUCAAAAGUCUUCCUCUACCCAGUCACCUGCCUUGCUAGUACAAACUGGAGCAGUCAACACUCCAUGACAUUACUUUUAUCUAAAACGAUAACCUGAGGAACGUUUCCCCAAAGCAAUCUAAACCUUAAUACAAAACCCAUUUGAUCAACAAAAAAAGAAGCAGCAAAGGAUGACCAGAAAUAUAGUAUGUACUAAAGGGAAAAAUCAUGGAUGCAAAUUUACCUCCUCCGAUGGUCUCCACAGGCUUUCUCCCAACUGGGUCAUUGCUAGAAUCGUUGAUCCACAUCUCCAAUGAAGUCAUGUCAAUGGAGAGGAAUGCAUUUGUGCAAGUUAAGAAUGCAUCGGCGAUGAUAAGAAGGAUCAAGCUUCUUUCGUCGCUAUACGAAGAGAUUCAAGAAACAAACACGCCUCUCCCUCCCUCCUCGAUCCUGUGCCUGACGGAGCUCUUCUCCGUUGUCCAACGGGGGAAGCUUUUAAUACAGGGGUGUCAAGAAGGGAGCGUGCUAUGGAGCCUCGUCCAGACGGAGACCAUUUCGAGUCAAUUCCAAGGUAUUGUGAACGAGAUAGGUAGAGCGCUAGACAUACUCCCUCUUACCUUGCUUAAUCUAACCGCGGAUACUAAAGAACAAGUUGAGCUCCUUCACAAGCAAGCGAAAAGAGUCGAACUGUUUGUCGACAAUAGAGAGAUUCAGAGAAGAGAGGAGAUCUUCCAACUUAUGGCAAUUACGAAUGAAAAGACCGAGAAGGAAAAGGGCUACCUCGAUUACAGAAAAAUAAACGAGGUUUUCAGCGGCAUUGGAUUGGCAACCUCGUUCGACUACGACCAAGAGAUAUCAAAACUAAGAGCCGAAUCGGAGAAACAGAAAGGCACAGGGGGACUAAUCGUCGUUUCGAAUAUCAACAAUCUGACAUCACUCCUUUCUUCGGUUAAAUCCAUGCUGUUCAACGAUGACGAAACUGAUAAAACCAAUCACGACUCGAGGCAGACAACCACGUCGUUUUCUAACUACCAUUCUUCUCCAUGUUCUUCCUAUUCGCAACUGAUUUUCUCCAACAUCCCAGACGAAUUCCGCUGCCCGAUUUCGCUUGAUCUGAUGAGAGACCCCGUGAUUAUAGCCUCAGGUCAUACUUACAAUCGCAAUUCGAUUGCUCAAUGGAUAAAUUCGGGGCAUCAAACGUGCCCCAAAACCGGAAAAAGGCUAAUUCACAUGGCUCUAAUACCGAAUUAUGCACUCAAGAGCUUAAUCCAUCAAUGGUGUCAGGAGAACAACGUGCCGCUAAUCGAGGCGACGUCGCCUUCGUCUUCUAAGACAAACUACACCAAGAGGAAGUCAAUGGAGGAAGAAGUCAAUCACGUAUCCGCAACGGAUACGGCAAUAAGCGCCGUUAAAAUGACGGCGGAGUUUCUAGUCGGGAAACUGGCCACCGGUUCGACGGAUGAGCAACGGCAGGCGGCGUACGAGAUCCGGUUACUAGCGAAAACCGGAAUGGAAGAUCGGAGAAUAAUCGCCGAAGCCGGGGCAAUCCCGUUUCUAGUGGCGUUUCUUGGGUCGGACGACCCGAGAAACCAGGAAAAUUCCGUUACUGCCCUCCUAAACCUCUCGAUUUACGAGAACAACAAGGUCUUGAUAAUGUCCGCCGCCGGAGCAAUUGACGGCGUAAUCGAUGUUCUGCAAACGGGGAAAACCACGGAGGCGAGGGAAAACGCGGCAGCCACGAUUUUUAGUUUAUCGAUGAUCCACGAUUACAAGGCGGUUAUUGGAGCCCACCCUAGGGCGGUGCCGGCGUUAGUACGGCUGUUGAGUGACGGAACGGCAGCGGGGAAAAAGGACGCUGUGACGGCGCUUUUUAACCUGGCGGUUUGCGGUGAGAACAAGAGGAACGUCGUCGUUUGGGGGGCGAUUCCGUUGCUGAUUGAGAUUUUGAUAAACGAUCAGGCGGGAAUAACGGACGACGCUUUGGGGGUGCUGGCAUUGCUCUUGGGUUGCUCCGAAGGGUUGGAGGAGAUGAGGAAAUGUCGGGUUUUGGUGCCGUGUUUGAUCGAUUUGUUGCGGUUCAGGUCGGGAAAAGGGAAGGAGCAUUCGAUCACGAUUUUGUUGGGGUUGUGCAAGGACGGUGGGGAUGAGGUGGCGAGACGGUUGUUGUUGAAUCCGUGGAGUGUUCCGGCAUUGCAAGGGUUGGCGGCAGAUGGAUCGUCGAAAGCAAGGAGGAAAGCCGACGCUUUGCUUAGAUUGCUUAAGCGAUUUUGCGUUCAGACUCACACUCCUGUUGGCUGAGAGUACAAAAGAUAAGUGUAAAUUGUGAAAAGAUUUGCCUACAAUGAAAUUUUGUUCACGUAUUCAUCUUUCUUCA